AUGCAAUUAACUAGUAGUUUGAUCGUUUUCAUUGUGGAAUUAAGUCCAGGUGUUCUGGACGUGCCAUCGCCGGACGUCGGACUUGAUGUUAAAUUUGGUUUUAAUGAUUUAUGUCCUGUCUGCGGUGAUAAAGUCAGCGGUUUUCAUUACGGUCUCUUAACAUGUGAAUCAUGCAAGGGAUUUUUCAAACGAACAGUACAAAAUAAGAAGAACUAUCAAUGUAUUGAUAAACAGCAAUGUCAAAUAGAUAAAACUCAGCGUAAACGUUGUGCUUUUUGUCGAUUCAAAAAAUGUCUUCAAGUGGGCAUGAAAUUAGAAGCCGUUCGAGAAAAUCGUGUCAGAGGCGGAAGAAACAAGUUUGGUCCAUUAUACCGUCGUAGUCGAGCAUUGCGUCAGCAAAUAAUGAGACAGCAUUUUGUUAGUAUGGUUAAAGCACAACAGAACUUGCCAAAUGGCAAUGGAAUGGAUAGUGGAUCGUCACCGUUAGAUAUCACUGGUGUAACAAAUGGUAAUAUUAUGCAAGUGAAAUCAGAACCUGAACAACCAAAUCUUCAUCCGUUUCAACAUAUCUACUCGAGUUUACAAGCGCCAACAAGUGUUGCUCAUCCGUCACAUGUACAUCAUCAAAGUCAUCAUCCACACCAUCCAUCUUCAACACAUCAUCCACAUCAUUAUCAGUCAUCACAUCAACAACAACAACAGCAGCAGCAGCAGCAAAAAUCUUCAUCAUCAUCAACAUCAACAUCAUCAUCAUCAUUCAAUGUUUAUCCAGAUUUUUUUAAUGCUAAUCCAAAUGUUCCAAAUAAUACGCGUAUGCCACCGUUUCAACUAAAUCCAUUCAAUUCAUAUUAUAAAAAUUCAUCAACACCAUAUGGACACUCGCCGCCAUCUUUACUUCUACCACCAUCAUCGACACUACCAACAGGUGUAUCAUCGACAAACACAUCAACUAGUAACAGUAAUCCACCCUCAGGUUCAUCUAAUUCGAGUUCAUCACCUGUUGGACAAAUUUCAUCGAAACUACUUGAUUAUCAAAUAUCCUCUCCGACAACAACGGUGACAACUGCAAAUAAUCCGUCAUUGAAUACAUCAUCGAUUCUAAGUACAUUGACUAUGCAGCAACACACAAUGCCACCAAAUGAUCCGAUGAAUACAGAUAAUCAUAAUGGAUCAUCGUCACUUUAUUUUUAUAAUCAUCAAUACCUCGGACAAAACUAUGACAUGAACGAAACGAAUAAUAUCCCAGAAAUUCUAACAAAACUGAUCGAAUCUGAUCAAGCCUAUCGCUGUACGGAAGUGCGUUAUAUUGAAGAUAUCCAACAAAUUCAUAUUGAUUUAACACGUGACGAUGGUGAUAUAUUAGUCGUAUGUUCACUCCUAGACAAAUUAUGUUUUCUUAUGGUUGAUUGGGCACGACAAUCUCUAUAUUUCAAAGAUAUUCAAAUUGAUAAUCAAAUCAAAUUAUUAAAAGCAGCCUGGAUUGAAAUAUUGAUCAUCGAUCUAAUAUGGAAACAAUGUCAACAACCAAAGGAAACAUGUGUAAAUUGUAUUGUUAGUGCAAAUGGUCAAUUAUUAAACAUAAAUCAAAUUCAAAAUCCAGCUGUUAAAAAACUAGCUGAAAGAUAUCUACAAUGUGUGAAUGAUUUUCGACAGCUACAGUGGCAAUAUCCCGAAUAUUUGGCACUCAAAUAUUUAGUUUUGUUUGAUCCAGAUGUUCAAGGUGUUACUGAAUCGAGUUUAAUCGAAGAAGUUCAAGAGAAGAUCACAAAUGCACUAGGUGAAUACACAACAGAUCACAACAACACAUCAUCGACAUCGAAUACAUCCUCGACUCAAUCACAGGUUCCAACAAAUGAGCAGGAAAAAUUCGCGUGUAUUCUACUGAAGUUACCCGACGUUCGUCUGGUUGGUAAUGAUUUGAAAAAGUUAUUACAAUUAAUCGAUCGUAAACACGAUGGUAAACUUCUCGAUGGAUGUUUACUUGGCGAAAUGCUCAAUGGGUUACAAUCGAAUAAUUAA